GAUCGGACGAUUUACUGAAAAUACAUUUGCCUUACAAAAAUUGCGGUAGAGAGAUCAUUUUCCGCGGCUCGAGAAGAACUCACCACCACCGACAACUAGUCUUCCAUUGAAAUAGCGAUUAUUUCAAUCCGGAGGAGAAUCAUCAACGUCCGAGGGGGUUGAAGGUGCCCAUGGUGUCAAGUGCGAGGUGCAUCCCCGAAGAAAAUAAUGUCAACUAAAGGGGUACAUGGCAGAGGUACAGCUCAGGUUGGAUGGAUUUUGUCGAGCGGUUUGAGAUCAUUGGUGGUGAUAUUGGCGAUAACCCAGGGAAAUUCAGCAUCACACCAGCAACAACAGAGUGGAUUUGAGUGUAAAAUCGAGGGAUAUCACGAGGAUCCAACGAGCUGCAGUAUUUAUUACAGAUGUGUCAAUUGGGGUAAUUCAAGUCCUCUCACUAAAUUUAAAUUUGAAUGCGGUCCCGGCACUGUUUUCUCACACGCCAGAGGCGAUGUGUGUGUACAUCCACGUGAGAGCGAGAGAAAUGAGUGCAGCGAAUCGGCAAAUGAUCUUGACUCACCACCAGACAAACCCUCGUCCAAUGAACAAACAGGCCCACCUGCUGCGUAUCCAGAUUAUCCGAGCUAUGGAUCACCAUUACCAGGUACUCCAUCAAGUGGAUUGUCAUCGACGACAACCAGUGCAUUUGAAUCAACAACCACCGCCAAUUCCCUUUCCAAUUAUCCAGGAAGUGUUCAUGGCCCGAGUAAUGGGAAAAACGUGUGUCACCAGGAGGGUUUUAAACCCGAUGAGAAAGACUGUCGUAAAUUCAUUAGAUGCGUUAACAACGGGGCUGGUGGUUAUCAUAGCUAUGAAUUUACGUGCGGCGAUGGUACAGUGUGGGAUCCAUCGAUAGAGGCGUGUAAUCACGCGUGGGCGGUGUCUAGAAGUAAUUGCAGUGAAUCCUCCAACGGUGUUACUAGCGUGGGCGGUGGAGAUGAGGGAUCUAAUGAGCAGAGUGGAUAUCCCGGGUCGUUGAGUGAGUCUGGAGGUAAUGGUGGAGAGGAGUCCGAGUCGAAUGAAGUGCCGCAUCCCCCAGGGGGCUAUCCACAGGGUACUGAGGUGUCAACUCCACCGAUCGAGCCGGUUUCCUAUCCCCAGUAUCCUAAUCAGGGCUAUCCUCAGAAUUUACCCAGUACAUCUGGACCAAAUCCUCCAGAGCAACCAGCUCUCUAUCCACCGCCUUCACCUGGAUAUCCGUCGAUUCAUCCUGACGAAAAACCAACUGAUAGACCUAGUGAGGGAGAGGGCAGCUCUCCCGAUUCAUUUUAUCCUCCUCCGUAUCCUGGAGUCUCUUCUACGUCUGAAUCUACAUCAUUUCCAUCAUCUCCAUCCGAAUCUCCCGCACCCGUUCAAACGGAAUCCCCGAUCGAAGGUACUCCAUCGAGACCUCCAGGUGAACUUUAUCCACCACCCGUUCGGCCCCCUGGAGAAGGGACUGGUGCGUCGGGUCUAGGUAAACCAAUACCGGAUGCCACAGGAUCGUGUAAAGAGGAGGGAUUUUUCCCUCAUACAAGUGACUGUAAAAAAUUUUACAGAUGUGUUGAGGACGAGGGUUCAUUCCAGAAGUACGAAUUUACGUGUGGCGAGGGUACAGCUUGGGAUCAAGGCCUUUUGACUUGUAAUCACGAAUACGCAGUACCUGGUUGUGGUGGAAGUGAGAGACCUGGUGGCAGCGAUGCACAGAGUACACCGUCGAGUUCAUCGAACGAAGUGACUUCUGAACCUGAUGGCACUCAACAGGUCACGUCUGUGGGUGUUAACAUUACUUCUUCGGAGGGCACGACUGAAUCAAGUGGUACAACUGUUAGUGAUCAGACUUCGGGUUCUAAUACGGCAACACCGGUGGUGGGUACGACUGAGGGGGAGAAAGAGGUAGAUGUAACAUCGGAGAGACCGACGUCUGAGACUACAUCCUCGGGAAGUACUAUACCUUCAGAGGGUCCUUCUGAAACUUCUUCCGGUGAUGGAACGACGUCGAUCACCUCUUCGUCAUCUACAGAUGUUUCAGCGACAACUGCUAAACCCAUCGAAUCUUCGACAGAUGGGACGUCGGGCGCUACUCCUGGAAAACCUUCUUCGGGUUCUUCGGGAUCUUCGGGAUCUUCAGGAUCCUGCGAAGCCGAAGGAUUCUUCGCCGACCCCAAAGAUUGCCACAAGUUCUAUCGAUGCGUCUCUUUCGAUCACUCAUCCAAAUCAUACACUAAAUUCACGUUCGACUGUGGUCCUGGCACAGCCUGGGAUCAAAAUCUUCAGACCUGUAAUUAUGAGAAUCAGGUUGAAAGCUGUGGGACAUUGGGUGAAGGUAAACCGAGUAGUGAAAGCCCUGACGAGUCGAUGAACGAGAUUGAUUCGACUUCGAAACCGUCGGCACCUUCAGAUAGCACAACACUCUCUUCUACUUCGGUAGGAGCUACAGGGUCUUCAGAAGGUGCAACUCCAUCGUCGGAAACUGACGGGACUACACAAGUUACUACGGAAUCUUCAGAGGGUAUGACCACCUCAUCUUCGGAGACUGAGGCCACUCCAGUGCCAGUAGCCACCACAGAAACUACGGAAUCCACGACGACGUCCUCAGAGACGGAGGGGACUACCGCGUCGGAGAUGACGGAAAGUAUUCCGGAUAUCAGUUCGGAAGCAACAACGGCGGCAGGAUCGACAGGAUCGACAGAUUCGUCGACAACCGAAGAGGAUAAAGAUACAAGCACUCCAUCAGACAUCGAGAGUACCACAGCAUCCGACAGAUCUACAACGUCUGUAGCAGAGUCAUCCUCUCCUUCUGGAGCAACAUCAGGUUCUCAAUCUCCUUCAAUCCCAUUCAAAUGCACCGACGAAGGAUUCUUCCCCGAUCCCUCGGACUGCCACAAAUUUAUUCGAUGUGUAAAAGUGAACAAUGGCUUCAUAAAAUACCAGUUCGAUUGCGGUCCAGGUACUGCCUGGGAUCAGAACCUUCAGACCUGUAAUUAUGAGGCCCAAGUGGAGUCAUGCCAACCUGGUGCAACUCCUGGAAGUGGAAGUAGCACUUCAGCGACAGAAUCUUCCGGUGGGGGAACUACGCCCUCAUCUCCUGAGAGUUCGGAAACGACAGACACGCCCACAACUCCUGGAGAUCAAUCAACGAUUCCUGAAGGGACUACCGGAGACUCAGGAACUGAAUCGACGACUCCAGGUGGUGAAAGUGAGACAACCACGGCCAGCGGUGGAGGAACGACGAGUAGUGAAGAGACGACAACUACUGAAUCUGCAGGAAAUACUGAAGGGACGAGUGCUACCGAGGGCCCGGAGACGACAGACACCACUCCAGCCAUUCCACCAGGUGCCCUACCAUGUGCUACAGAUGGUUUAACUGACGAACAGAUCGUUCUAGUCUGUCCCACAGGAUUCCGAAGGCAUCCCAAAUUUUGCAACAUGUUUUAUCAGUGCACCAGUGACGGAAAUAUGCAAAUAAAAAUAUCAGUGCUGGCAUGCCCGGAGGGACUGAUCUUCGAUGAGCAGAAGGUGCAAUGCCUCGCUGAGGGGGAGACAGAUCAAAAAUGCAUGAGCCCUACCAGUUCUAGAUUUUAUAGACAACUGGAGGACAAUUCGUUAUCACCUGUACGAGUCACAAGAAGCACCCUCUGUCCCGAUGAAGGCCAUUAUCCAUACCAGGAAGGCUGCAGCAAUGCAUUCUACAAGUGUAAGAGGAAUACCAGGAAUUCUCUGCAGGGAUACCUAUACAAAUGUCCAAAAGACUUCGUCUACUGGUCGGUAUCCCGACGAUGCGAGAGGUCGAGUCGUUUGCCAAUGUGUUCCCAAGUUAAUUACGAAAGUAACGAGAGACGACACGCCUGGGAAAGCAGAUCGAAUUUGCCAAUUGAAGAAUUCAACAUAUCAGCUAGGAGUCUCAAGAUUUAAUGAGACACUGAGCAACACCCAUUGCGUGUCGUUUAUUUUUUACUGUCCACAUUAGUUUAGUUAUUUGAAUCUCCGUACGAUUUUACUCGAGUGAUUAAUUCACUCGAGUGUUACUUAACGAAACGAAAGAAAAAAUCGUACGAGACAUUCGGGAUAUUAGUCUGGUUGUGGGGAGUUGUUUCAUUAAUUCCGGUAGUUGUGUUCAAUCGUAUCAUCGCUAUACGAUCAUCGAAAUAAGAAAGGAAAAGGGGUGGGGAGAUGUGUAUACACACACAAAUCAUUAACUACUUGUCAUUAAAUGUAUAUAUUUUUUUUAAUCAUUCGUGUAAGCCCCAUUUGAUCGACUGCAUUGACAGUAUCAAAUGAAAAUGAUAAAUUACAAUUGGAAUAGAUUAAUAUUUCGUAAUCAUCAUCGAUAGAUUUAUGUGGGUCUCGAAGGCUCGUACUGUCUGCAUCACAACCAUUCAAUAAAUUAAAAUGCAUUAGAGAAUAUAUUAUUUUAAUAUACAUGAUUUACUCAUUUUACUCAUUUUGAGGAAACAACAACUGAAACAACAGGUGAAGAAAUCGAAUACAACAUCGGCAUUGAUGUCUGACUCUGGCCAACAGAAUUAUUUGUGAUGCAUUCUACUAUGAAAAAUAUUAUCAACAGAAAAUAUAAUUUAUAAUGUGACCCCAGGUAUUUAUCAACGAUAAAAAUAUCUAUUAAAUUUGUCAUUUGAUUAUUUUAAUUGUGUGAUUAUCAUAUAAAAAUGCUGCAGAAUAAUAAAUCAACGGUGAAUAACACUUGAAGAUAAUUUUGAGAAAGAGUUGUUCGGAAUAUUUUGUUCAAUUAUUAAUCAAAUAAACA